CAUGAUGAAAUGGUUAGGUUUUAGGUUAACUGCUGUUUGCCUGUUCAGCAACACUUUGGAAAAUAUAAUUUAAAAAUCAAAGCUGAAAAUUGAUAUCACUAUGCGCCGCAAGGAAGUAACAAAUUAUUUGUAGAUUUUUUGUAAAUUUACUUUUUUUUUUUUUAAGGCUUCUGAGAUUCGCGUGCCUUUAACUUAUAAAGAUUGAAUGGGCGUUAUGUCCUGUCGACAGCUAUAGAGACGAUGUAACACGCAGCACCAAUGUUAGGUGAAUAAUUGGCUAGGAUAUUAUGAAAAACCGAUAUCAGUAUGGCCGGUCUGGUACUUGAACCAACGACCUCUAGAAUGUACACAUAGCACUGUGCCACUUCCCUCCAUUCAUUGCAUGUAGGCCUAGCAUAAUUGUUCUAGUAAAAAAGUUGUAUAUAUAUAUAUAUAUAUAUUUUUUUUGUUUCAAGAACAUAACCUAACAUAUCAAGUCAAAAUGUUUCUAAGUGAGUAAAAUGUUUUGUUUCUUGCAGACUGAAAAGUAGAGUUUACCUCCGGAGUGACAUCAGCGUACCCCAUGAAUCAAGGAAAGGUAGAGAAGCUGCACACCUGGGACACCGUGUACAGUGCGGACUCUGUAGAGUGGUGCCCCAUCUAUGGUCGGCAGGACAUACUGGCCUGUGGAACGUACCAGAUAGAGCCUUCAGAUUCGGAGGUGUCGCAGCAGAGCUACAGGAGGCUCGGGCGGUUGUUAUUAUUCAGGGUUGAUUUUUCGGGCCUGAACUUGUUGGAGCAACACGAACUUCCGGCCAUACUCGACCUCAAAUGGUGCCAUGUCUUGGUGGACGGGAAGGUACUCCUGGCUGUGGCGAAUGCCUGCGGGGAGGUGCUGGUCUACGAACUGUGUGAUGCACCGCAAGGCAAAGGUGAUGGGAGCACCAGCGGCUUGACUCUCGUUACAAAAAAGACCAUUCAUAAAGAAAUAUGCGCUGGCGAAACAUUGAUGCUGUCGUUGGAUUGGUCCACGGCACGGGAAAGCGUUACCAGCGGAGGCGAAGUCACGAACUCAGCAUCACUCGUGGUGAGUGACUCAAGAGGCUGGAUAACAGUCGUGAAGUUUGCACAGGCCAGUCUCGAGAUUGUUCAUUCGUGGAAAGCCCACGACUUCGAAGCAUGGAUUGCUGCGUUUGAUUAUUGGAGUACUCCCAUCGUUUAUUCAGGCGGGGACGACUCCAAACUGCACGCGUUCGACCAGAGGAUGGGGACGCGCGCGCCCGCACAGACGAGCCGUGCGCACUGCGCGGGCGUAACCAGCAUCCACUGCAACGCUGUCACGGAGAACUGGCUGGUUUCCGGGAGCUACGACGAACACUUGCGGUGCUGGGACAGCCGCUCCUUCAGGGGCCCCGUGUCGUCGACGCCCCUCGGCGGCGGGGUGUGGCGGCUCAAGUGGGACCCUCGUCGCUGGCGCCACCUGCUGGCGGCCUGCAUGGGCGGCGGCCUCCGCGUGGUGGGCUGCCCCGGGCGGGCGGAGCCCCCCGGCGUGGCGGCCGAGUACCGCGGCCACGGGAGCCUGGCCUACGGCUGCGACUGGUGCCACCUGCCCGCGGAGGACCUGCGGCUGCCCGGGGGCUCCGCCCCCCUCGUGGCGACCUGCUCCUUCUACGACCACAGCAUGCACGUGUCCUGCGUUCGCGACCUGCCGUACGAGUGACGUGCCUCGCAGCUAAACUGUGCUGAAAUCAGCAUUUCUAUCUGGCCGAACUGGACGCAUGUACAGUAUGCAGAACCAGGGGCGUAACAACUAAAUUUCCAAGGGGGGGGGGGGGGGUGGCAAUAUACCUUUUUGUAAAGAA